GCGCUGCAAUCGUGACAGCUGAUUGUUGUUUUGUUUGUGAAUUCUAUUGUUUCUUUACUCAAAUUUAUUUUUAUAAAUUUAUACUAAAAAAAAGUUAGUAUUUAAGAAUAUAAACUCUAAAAAAGAUAUUUAUAAUGUUUUGAGUGUGUGUUUAUUGACUUGUAGACAAUGAGUCAAGAGAACGUUUGUUUACUGUGCAUUACAGAAAAUGCAAAAUACGAUAAGGAAUUUUUGGCACAAAGAGCUUUUUUCUCAGCUCCAAAGUUACAGGAAUUACGAUUAAAAUGGAAUGAGGCAAUUAUUAAAAUUCAUCCAGUUUUGGAAGAUUUUGUAAAUAAUGUCAAUACAUACAAAAUUUGUGAUUUACAUUUCAAAGAGUCGGAUAUUAAGAAGUGCAUUAGUGAGAAAUCUUCACAGCAAAAUAUAUGUACACUUCCACUGUGGAAUUGGGUUUUAAAAAUCAAAGCUCUUCCCCUAAGUGCCAAGGAAUUGGAAAAUGAAAAAAAUCAGAUUUUCAACACAACAGAAAAAUCGAGAGAAAAUUUGAACCGAUUAGAAACGAAUGUUGUUGAUCAGGAUCACUCGUAUAUAAGCAAAUCAUUAUUGCAACCGGAAAAUAAUAAUGAAUACGCGAAAAUGACUAAUUCAUUUAAAGAAAAUAAAAAAGCGAAGGAAAAAUCAAUUCAGCCAAUUAAGCACGAUCAUAAAAAUGUCAAAUUCGCACCUUAUUCGAUUAAUUCCGAUAAAAGAGGGGAGAGUAAUCAAUUAUCUCAAAUUCUACAAUUGGAACCGGAAAAAAAUCGUGUUUUACUCGUCGCUACGGAACCGAAUACAAUUUCUGUUUACUCACCUGUUACUCCCGUUUCUUCGACAAAUAUUUCUUCCACUUCUAAUUCUUCUUCUUCUCCAUCAUCAUCAUCAUCAUCAUCACUUAUUUCAUCACAAAAUUGCGUUUCAUCUCCAAAAAUUUAUCCCAUAAUUACAAACGUAACGUCACUUGCUCAAAAAACUCCGAAAUUCGUUUCACUUCGUAAAAUCACUUCACCAGCACUAAAUUAUCAAUCAAAGAUGAUUCCAAUUUUACCCAAAUCGAAAUUAAAUAUUCCCUUGACGGUAAAAUCAAAAUCUGUCCAGUCAAUUCCGUCAAUUGGAAAAAAGUUAAUUACACUUGCAAAUUCGCAACUUCCAAGAGAGCCGAUAAUUUCAAUUGAGGAAAAUUCGAUGAAUAAUACGAUACAAUUGAAGCAAAAAAUUAUUGAACCGAUUCAAAAUGUGAAAACAACUUUGACAAUGAGUGACGGAGUUUAUACUUUUUUGAAAUUAAUGGACGAUUUGAAACAAAAACCUCUUCCAAGAGGAUGGGCAUAUCAAUUAAUGGAUGAGAAUAAACUUUUAUUCACGCAAUAUUGUAUUAAGAGGAAAUUUCCCAUUUUUCUCCUGGUUGACAAGGAUUUAACAACAACGAUUUCCGUGGGCUAUGAAGCUGUUAAAUUUAUUCAACACAAGAUCACAUUAAAUUUAUUUGCAGAUGUUUGCAAAGGUCUUCGUAAAAUGGAAAGUUUCAAAUGGUGCUUGGGAAUUGGAUUUGAUCAAAAUAAUCACUCCGAUAUGUGUUUAAUUUUAUGCAGAACUUUCAAUUCAAGAUGUCAUGUGUGUUUAAAAAUAAGGCGCAAUGCGCAAAGACGGGAAAGUAAUGAAAUCACCAAACAACGAAAACAAUCUAAAGAUUUACGACCAUUAUUAAAUAAAUUAAGGGGAAUAAACAAACGACUUGAUACCAAGGUGUGUAAAUUAAAACUGAUGGUCAAUCAUCUGAAGAAAAAACAGUGCGUUGAAUGUCUACAUAACAAAUUUCUCGAAAAAAAUUCAAUUCCAGUGGAAUCUGAAAGUUUAUCAACGACAACGUAAUUUUUCCUCUUUAUUCUUUUCUUUUUCAUCAUCGAUAAUUUAUUUUAAUUGUAUAGUUUAUUAUGUUCAUGAAAAUUCUAAAUAAAUUUUUCCAUAAAA